AUGGCAGACCAUACGCGACGCUCGAUCUUUACAAUCGGUCUUUGUAUCUCCACAGCCGUCCUAGCCCUUCCAGGAUGGCCAGCGCAAGGAACCAUCGUUCAAGGCAAUGCAAUCCAAUUUGACCAGACCACUUGGGACAGAAAUCUAGCACAGCCCAACGCCACCGGGAACUUCUCGAUAACGGGUUUCGACCUGUCUCAAGGAUUUCCGAGCGAGCAGAUUCACGGCUGGCAGCUCUCGGUCAACGUGACCGGCAACAUUCCCGACUCGGAGACCCUGAACAACAAGAGCGCGAGCGGCAAGGUAUUCACGGGCACCAGUCUGUUUCUGAGUGCGCCCCAGAGCGUCGUCAGCGCCAUGAGCUCUUCGGACGCCAGAGAUGCCGGGGAGACGACAUGGAAGAUCUGCGUCACCGUCAUGACGGAUGGGCCCGAGGAGGACGCCUCGGCCGCAGACAACGGGACAUGCAGCUCACUGUCGGCGCAGUGCAUUGAAGACAUCCAGAGCGUGUAUGCGGAUGCGUUCGCCCAUGAUCAAGAUUGCUAUAGACUUCCAGCGACGCCUUCGAGCUGCGGAAACUCGCUAAAACAGGCGAAUUUGACGACGCAGCAGUACCCGAUCGACCAUCUCAACGGGACGGAAAUCUAUGUGACAGCAUCCGAUGCCCACGAGCCGAGCGACAACACAGCAUUCGACAGUGCCACCAGGAAAAUCUGGCCGGUGCUCGUCGUCUGGGGCUGGAACAACCGUGCCAAUGCGAGUGACGGGACAAAGCCUACUGUACAGUUGACUUGUGCCAGAGCAGACUCCAUUGAGCCCGGUAGCAGCAGCACGUCGCAGUCUUCAGCUUCCAGGCUGCAGGGUUCAGUGAUCAUCGCAUCUGUGGCUGCAGGACUAGUGGCUAUGUUUGCCUAG